AUGAAGUGGCUUGGGGUCCUUGGGCUGGUGGCCCUCUCGGAGUGCUUGGUCACCAUCCCUCUGAUGAAGAUCAAAUCGAUGCGAGAAAACCUCCGGGAACACAACAUUCUCCAAGACUACCUGGAGAAGCACCCCUAUGGCCCAGCCUACAAGUUACAUCGCAGGCAUCAGGACCCGGGAAAGGCUUUUGAGCCUCUGAGGAACUACUUGGAUCUGGCCUACAUCGGCAUCAUCAGCAUUGGAACGCCCCCCCAGGAGUUCAAGGUUGUUCUUGACACGGGCUCUUCUGACUUGUGGGUACCCUCCAUUUACUGCUCCAGCCCGGCCUGCGCCAAACACGACACGUUCAACCCUCUGCUGUCCUCCACCUUCCUUGUCUCGGGCCGGCCCAUUAACAUUGUCUAUGGCUCCGGGAGCAUGUCGGGAUUUUUGGCUUACGACACCGUUCAGAUCGCGGACCUGGUGGAUGUAGCCCAGCCCUUUGGCCUGAGCCUGGAGGAGCCAGGCCAGUUCAUGGAAUAUGCAGUCUUCGAUGGCAUCCUGGGGCUGAGCUAUCCCAGCCUUAGCUCCGAGGGAAUCACCCCUGUCUUCGACAACCUGUGGAACCAAGGCCUCCUCUCUCAGAACCUCUUUGCCUUCUACCUGAGCAGCAAGGAUGAGAAGGGCAGCGUGCUGAUGCUUGGCAGUGUGGACCCCUCCUACUACAUGGGGGACCUUCACUGGGUGCCCGUAUCCAAACCUCUCUACUGGCAGCUGGCCAUGGACAGCAUCUCCAUGAACGGGAAGGUCAUUGCUUGUGAUGGCGGCUGCCAGGGCAUCAUGGAUACGGGUACCUCUUUGCUGAUUGGCCCACGGAAUCCUGUCCUCAGCAUCCAGCAAGCCAUUGAUGCUCAACACUCCUAUGGCAGUGAGUACAUCAUCGACUGUGGCGCCAUCAGCACCCUGCCUGACAUCAUCUUCACCAUCGAUGGCGUGGACUACCCAGUGCCAGCCAGUGCCUACAUCCGCAAGUCCUCAGCACACAUCUGCUACAGCAACUUCGAUGAGGCAUCCUCCCAGGAGUUGGAUCCCACCGAGAUCUGGGUGCUGGGAGACGUCUUCUUGCGCCUCUACUUCACAGUGUUCGAUCGGGCCAACAACAGGAUCGGCCUGGCCCCUGCGGUGUGA